UUAAAGGGGCUGGGAAAAUAUCUACCAAUUAUGCUCGUUAGUCUUCUCGCGAAGGCACAGUGAAAGAAGAGCUGCUUGGCAAGAGCACCAGCCUGACCUGAUUAGCCGCCAAAAAUUAUUGAACCCCAAAACCCUAGAUUCUGACCCAAAGAUGCUUCUCUCCGGUUGUAGUUGCACUCAGAGUAACAGUUCUAGAGAAUUGAGCCGUGAAAUUCUCUACCAUCACAUCUCUUCUUCAAGUAAGCUUCUUUCUCUUCAUUCUCCUUCUGGACCAAGGGUUUUUCUAGGGUUUAAUCACCUUCAUCACCGCAUCUUUCCCGGAACUCAAUAUUACUCAUUGCCCACUGACUACCCUGUUGAGCCAACCCUUCGUACAAGAGUCGGUUGCUCAUAUCCUCAUAAGCAAAACCUUAAAGGACGUAGAGUUUCUCUUGGGUUUAAGCUUCAGUGUCACUCAAAAUCUCUAGCUUCGCACACGAAGAGUUCUUCUGACACGAAGAGUACUUCUCUCAGUGGUAAAAAGAAGAGGUAUGGAGGUGUUCUGCCUUCAAUUUUACGAUCUUUGGAGUCAGAUAAUGAUAUUGAGAAAACCCUUACUUCAUUUUGUGAGAGCUUGAAUCCGAAAGAACAGACUGUGAUUCUCAAGGAGCAGAGAAAUUUGGGGAGAUUAGUUCGGGUUUUUGAGUUCUUUAAGUUGCAGAAAAAUUAUGUACCAAAUGUUAUUCACUAUAAUAUUGUGCUCAGAGCACACGGUAGAGCUCAAAGAUGGGAUGAAUUAAGGCGUUAUUGGAUUGAAAUGGCAAAAAAUGGUGUUUUACCUACCAAUAAUACGUAUGGAAUGCUUGUUGAUGUGUAUGGAAAGGCUGGUCUUGUUACUGAAGCGCUUUUGUGGAUUAAGCAUAUGAGACUUAGAGGGCUUUUCCCUGAUGAGGUUACAAUGAAUACAGUUGUCAGGGUUUUGAAAGAUGCAGGGGAGUUUGAUAGGGCACAUAGGUUUUAUAAAGACUGGUGUGUUGGGCGCAUUGAGUUGGAGGACCUUGAAUUUGAUGAUACAUGUGAUUUCAAAAAUGGGUCUGAUUCUGUGCCUGUUAGCUUUAAGCACUUUUUGUCUACUGAACUUUUCAAGAUUGGUGGGAGAAUUAUAGGGUCACCGCGUGCAGAAAGUCUGGUUAGGAAGCCCCGUCUGACUUCUACUUAUAAUACAUUGAUAGAUUUGUAUGGUAAGGCAGGCCGUCUUGGUGAUGCAGCUGAUGUUUUUGCAGGUAUGUUGAAAUCUGGGGUGGCGAUGGAUACCAUAACGUUUAAUACCAUGAUCUUUACUUGUGGCAGUCAUGGGCAUUUGUCAGAAGCAGAGUCUUUGCUUGAUAAGAUGGAAGAAAGAGGAAUAACGCCUGAUACCAGAACUUACAACAUCUUUCUAUCUUUAUAUGCAAGUGUAGGCAACAUAGAUGCAGCCAUCAAGUGUUACCGGAAGAUUAGGGAGGUGGGUCUUUUCCCUGAUACUAUAACUCACCGAGCUAUGCUUCAUGAAUUAUGUGGGAGGACUAUGGUGAAAGAAGCAGAGGCUAUAAUUGAAGAAAUGGACAAGUCUUCGCAGCCUAUUGAUGAACAUUCUUUGCCUGGUAUAAUAAAGAUGUAUAUUAACAAAGGAUUACUUGAUAGGGCAAAGAGCCUUUUAGAUAAGUGCCAGUUUGAGAGUGGAUUGUCGUCAAGGACACGUGCAGCAAUUCUAGAUGCUUUUGCUGAAAAGGGGCUUUGGACUGAAGCUGAGGCCCUAUUUCACAGGAUGAGGGGACAAAGGAGGGACAUUUUGGAGUAUAAUGUCAUGAUCAAAGCUUAUGGUAAGGGAAAGCUUUAUGAGAAAGCCUUUUCUCUGUUUAAGAGUAUGAGGAAUCAUGGGACUUGGCCAGACGAGUGCACAUAUAAUUCUCUCAUCCAAAUGUUCUCUGGUGCUGAUUUGGUGGAUCAAGCAAGGGACCUAUUGGGUGAAAUGAAAGGAGCAGGAUUUAAACCACAAUGUCUAACAUUCUCUUCCAUUGUUGCUUGCUAUGCCCGUCUGGGACAGCUUUCUGAUGCAGUUGAUGUCUAUCAAGAAAUGGUAAAUGAAGGGGUAAAACCCAAUGAAGUUGUGUAUGGUGCUAUGAUUAAUGGAUAUGCAGAGGCUGGAAAAGUUGAAAAAGCUCUUGAAUAUUUCUACAAGAUGGAAGAAUGUGGGAUUUCAGCAAAUCAAAUAGUUCUGACUUCCCUGAUUAAGGUUUAUAGCAAGCUGGGAUGCUUUGACAGUGCAAAACAAUUGUAUCAAAAGAUGAUGGAUUUGGAGGGUGGUCCAGAUGUUAUUGCAUCAAAUAGCAUGAUCAGUCUUUAUGCAGAACUUGGGAUGAUAUCUGAGGCUGAAUUGGUUUUCAAUAAUUUGAGAGAAAAGGGUUCAGCAGAUGGGGUUUCCUAUGCAACCAUGAUGUAUCUGUAUAAAAGCAUGGGCAUGCUUGAUGAAGCUAUUGAUGUUGCAGAGGAGAUGAAAGAGUCAGAUUUGCUAAGGGACCCAAUGUCAUAUAAUCAGGUAAUGGCAUGUUAUGCCUCCAAUGGUCAGCUGCUUGAGUGUGGUAAGUUGUUGCAUGAGAUGAUUGGCCAGAAACUGUUGCCUGAUGAUGGAACCUUCAAAAUAUUAUUUACUGUAUUGAAGAAAGGGGGUCUUCCAACUGAAGCUGUAAUGCAGUUGGAGUCUUCCUAUCAGGAAGGAAGACCUUAUGCUAGACAAGCUGUCAUUACUUCUGUUUUUUCCAUAGUGGGUUUACAUGCUUUAGGACUCCAGUCCUGUGAGAUCUUCACAAAAGCUGACGUAGCUCUUGAUUCCUUUGCCUAUAAUGUUGCAAUAUAUGCUUAUGGCUCAUCCGGGGAAAUCGACAGGGCUUUAAACAUGUUCAUGAAAAUGCAGGAUGAGGGCCUUGAACCAGAUCUUGUUACUUGUAUCAAUCUGGUUCGUUGUUAUGGAAAAGCUGGUAUGGUUGAAGGUGUGAAGAGGAUAUAUGGCCAAAUAAAAUAUGGAGAGAUCAAGCCAAACGAUUCUUUAUUCAAGGCUGUUGUAGAUGCCUACAAAAAUGCCAAUAGGCCUGACCUCGCUGAAUUGGUAAACCAAGAGCUGAGGUUUGGUUUUGAUUCUCAACAAUUUUCUGAUUAUGAUUCUGAUUCUCAACAAUAUUCUUUUGAGUCUGAAGCUGAAGAUGGGUCUGAUGCAAUAGGAAUAGAGAGUCCAUAAAUUUUGUACUUUAGGCUAUAAUUGGUCCAUAUUGUGUAAAUUGUACAGGAACAACAUUUUGCUUCAGCAUUGAGGAUCUUUUGUGUGUGUAAUGUAUGAAGCUAUAGCGGAAUUGAAAUAGUUUAUGUUUGAGUGGAACACUGUAAAUGCAAGCAUGGAGUUGCUCUGUUAAUUUAUAUUGUAUGCCAGUACCCUUUACCCA